AUGACCCUCUCAUCCCUUCUCCGCAUUACUCCACGCUUAGCCCCGACCGCGGCCCGCAGAACAACGCGAGCUGCAUCGUCAGUCACCACUACCCCAAAUACAAAGUCAUUGGAUUCAAUCCUUAUUGCUAAUCGAGGCGAAAUUGCUCUACGAGUUGGACGCACGGCUGCUGAUCGUGGAAUCCGUGUAACUACACUCUAUACUGAUCCGGAUAGCAAAGCUCAGCAUGCUUUGAGCUCGCCAUUUGCUUUUAAUUUGGGGUCGGUCUCGGCGUACCUUGACGGUGAUAGGAUUAUUGAGAUUGCGAAGAGAGAAGGGUGUCAAGCGAUACAUCCUGGCUAUGGAUUUUUGAGUGAGAAUUCAGCAUUUGCACGAAAAUGUACCGAGGCUGGGCUAGUUUUCAUCGGCCCCCCAUAUACUGCCAUUGAAGAUAUGGGAGACAAGAGCCGCUCCAAGGAAAUUAUGACAGCCGCCGGUGUGCCGUGUGUCCCGGGCUACCACGGAGCAAACCAAGACCCAGUCUUCCUGGAAGAGCAGGCGGAUCGAAUCAAAUAUCCAGUGCUUAUCAAAGCCGUCAAAGGAGGAGGUGGAAAGGGCAUGCGCAUUGCCAGCUCCAAAUCAGAGUUCCAAGCCCAGCUUGAGUCAGCAAAGUCAGAGGCUAUGAGUUCUUUUGGAGAUGACAAUGUACUUGUGGAGAAGUAUAUCACUACGCCACGACACAUUGAAGUCCAGGUAUUUGCAGACAAGCAUGGAAACUCCGUGGCUCUUGGAGAGAGAGACUGCAGUAUCCAGCGACGACACCAGAAAGUCCUGGAAGAAUCUCCAGCGCCUCACCUUCCUGAUGCAACUAGGAAGGAUCUCUGGGACAAAGCCCGGGCGGCCGCAUUGGCCGUUGGCUACGAGGGUGCUGGUACAGUCGAAUUCAUCUUCGAUAAUGACUCUGGCGAGUUCUUUUUCAUGGAAAUGAACACCCGCCUGCAGGUGGAGCAUCCCGUUACUGAGAUGGUCACCGGACAGGAUCUUGUUCAUUGGCAGAUCCUUGUGGCCGAGGGAGCCAAGCUACCCCUUACGCAAGAGGAGGUGGAAGAACGCAUUGCCCAAAGUGGCCACGGCAUCGAAGCCCGCAUCUAUGCGGAGAACCCAGAGCAGGGUUUCAUCCCUGACUCAGGGCGUCUCCUCCAUGUCCGAACGCCGGCUACUUCAGACGAUAUCCGCAUUGACGCGGGCUUCGUGGAAGGAGACGACGUCUCGGCCCAUUAUGAUCCCAUGAUCUCCAAGCUUAUCGUGCGGGGUGCAAACCGCGAAGAGGCCCUCCGAAAGUUGGCCGCUGCGUUAGAAGAAUACGAAGUGGCCGGCCCAGUGACCAACAUCGAGUUCUUAAAAACGAUCUGCAAGAGCCCGGACUUCAUCGCCGGCGAGGUCGAGACCGGCUACAUUGAGAAGCAUCGCGAAGAGCUCUUUGCCAAGAAGCCAAUUGAAGACGAAGUUUUAGCCCAGGUCGCAUUGGCAUGCCUACAACGCGACACCGUCUCCGGCGCAAGCUCAUCUGCAGGCGUCGCAGGGUCCACCAUCGGAUUCACACCCAGCUACCAAGAGCGACAGCUGUCAUUUACCGAAAGCACGGGUCCAGGGUCUCCUGAGGGGUCUACAUUCAAUGUGCGAGUACAGCAAACAGCCGAUAACACGUUCAAUAUCGAGGUCGGCGGACGAGUCUUCGAGCAGGUGGUCAGCCGACUAGAUCUGACGUCGCACAUUGUGACCUCCUUUUUCCCACACACGCGGCUGGACACGACCGUCGUCCGAGAUGAGGACACUAUUAUUGUUUUCCAGCGCGGGACGCAGUACCGACUCACCGUGCCCCGGGCCAAGUGGAUGGAGAAGGCGCUUGGAAUGAAGGAUGUCACCAACAGUGUCUUGGCGCCGAUGCCAUGUAAGGUUCUGCGGGUAGAGGUGCAGGCUGGAGAUGUGGUGGAGAAAGAUCAGCCUUUGGUUGUGAUCGAGAGUAUGAAAAUGGAAACGGUUAUCCGGAGCCCGCAACGGGGUACAAUUGCCCGGGUUGUGCAUCGACAAGGAGAUCAAUGUAAGAGCGGAACACCGCUGGUCGAAUUCGCCGAGUCUGAAUAG